UGACCAGUGAUCACCAACCUGACCUACAUCGUGAGCUUCGUCGUGGGCUUCGUCGUGAGCUUGCGAGGCUCCGCCGCUCUCUGGUCAGAGUUCGUGAAGACCUUAAUAAUGUGAUCGACGACGGUUCGGACGAGAACUCGCAGGUUCUGGACGACUUACAAGGGCGCGAAUCUGCCGCCCUGGCCCGUAUCUCUGAGAUCGAGACUAGCAUUGCUGGGGCUGAGGCUACCAUCGAUGCUGAGCGCAGUGAUCUUGUCCGUCAGGCAGGAUUGGCGCGUGCAAUCCAAGCUCGUUUGAGUGUCGAGGAUCAGAAUAUGACUUCUUCACCUCCAAGCGAUCGUGAGGGAGUUCUUGCGUCUCCCAAAUAU